AGACUCAUAAAGUAAAAUAAAUAAAUAAAUCUUAGAAAUCAAUAACAAAGAGUGGAUGAAGUGUGCCCGCUGGGUUAAGCAAGACCACGGAAUGAAGAAGGAGACACUGCAGGAUGAAUUUAGGCUUCGCAGCCUCAGGAGGACCAGCCUCUCAAGGACCAAACCCUGAACCACUUGGCAGAACAGAACAAAGGGCACCUUCAGCAAGCCAGUUUCUGCAUGCCAAAACCUCGUGCUGAUCUAGGUGCUGACUGGAGGAACUAUUAUCUAAGCUUCUCUCGGCCAUAAGAGACGUCCACGUUUGCCAGACAAUGGCAGCAGCCAAGGCUAGCCUCGGCCGGGUCCUCCCGGAGUCCUCCAUCCUGUUCCUAUGUGACAUGCAGGAGAAGUUUCGUCCUAGCAUCGCCUACUUCCCACAGAUCGUGUCAAUGGCCGCUCGGAUGCUUAAGGUAGCCCGGAUAUUAGACGUCCCCGUCUUGCUGACAGAGCAUUACCCACAAGGCCUGGGCCCCACAGUUCCCGAGCUAGGUGCUCAGGGCCUGCGAGCCAUGAGCAAAACAUCCUUCAGCAUGGUGCCCCCGCUUCAGCAGGAGCUGGACAAACUGCCCCAGCUGCAGUCCGUGCUACUCUGUGGCAUUGAGACCCAAGGCUGCCUCUUGCACACAGCUCUGGACCUCCUGGACCGUGGGCUACAGGUUCAUGUACCGGUGGAUGCCUGUUCUUCUCAAAGCGAGAUGAACCGGCUGGUGGCACUGUCCCGAAUGCAGCAGAGUGGUGUCUUCCUGUCCACGAGCGAGGUGCUGAUUCUCCAGCUUGUGAAGGACUCUGCCCAUCCACGGUUCAAGGAGAUUCAUAAGAUCCUCAAGGAGCCAGUCCCAGACAUCGGACUGUUAGGCUUCUUCCAAGGCAAGAAAAACUCCCUGUUGCCCAACUCCGGGCCCUGACUUGAAGGAAGCACCCACCCUCCUUGUCACCCAGACGUUGAUGGAUGACUUUUCCUUCAUCCGUGGAUCCCAAGAGUGGUGCAGUCCGCCAGGAGAACCGCCCCCGUGGGAGAGGAGGCGUGGUUCUGUCUUCCGAUUGGGCAGCUGGCCCCGGAAAUGCAAAUGAAAUUCCUUGAUGCUGGGUGGGAAUUGGUUUAGAGAAAGGUGGAGGUGGGGCUGGGCCCCGGGCCACUUCACGAAGCGGGAAAAGGAGGGGGAACAAAUGUCACAACUGGGACCCGGUCUCGGAGAAUAAACAUUUAUGUGACUGA